AAUCAGUUUCUUUUGUAUUCGUAUCUGUAUUUUGAAAUGAAACUGUUUAGACCGUUACGAAAGUAUUUUGAAUAUUCUUGUGGGUCUUAAUACAUUCGAUCUGUGUGAAAACUGGCAGAAAAAGGAGAUAAAUGUGUAAUGAUCGGUCGGUGAGGCCAGUGGUAUGAACAUUAAUUAAAAUACAAACUUAAAUUCAAUGCGAAUUUCAACAGUCCACCGUAGGUUCUGUAAUUACUGUAGUUGGUAUCGCUAUUUGUGAUUACUUGCAGUUGAAAUGACACAUGGUUCAUGGACAAGAGCAACUGUUACUGUCGUUCGAUAAACAAUACAGUAAUAAAACAAACUCCGUUGGCAGUCACAAGCAGAACUCCACCUCCUCCAAGUAAAAAGGCGAACAGCGCUUGCGCUACUGGCAAAAAGCAAAGAUCCCGUGAUGGCAUCAUCGUCGGCUCCUAGGCAACGGGGGACGCCAGUAACGCCCGGUCAACCACUGCGUCCUGAUACCACGGCCACAUAUUCUGCUUCGCUGACCACGCACAACGACAUCAACACCUUCAAGCCCUCGUUAGGCAACGGUACUGACGAGACCCACAGGCCUACUAAGGCUGAAAGACCAACAUCACGCACGGUGGCAGCGUCAGGUGAAAGUGAAGAGCGGGAGGAUCCUCAUCGCCUGCAGGAAGAAGAGACUGAUUUUCAAGAUAUGGAUGCGUGUUUCAAAGCCUUCGAUAAGGACGAGGAUGGGUUCCUUAGCGAAAAUGAAUUCGGAGCGCUGUGCCGGGCCCUUUUCCGCAAUGAUCGCGGAAAGCCUUACCCCGUGGAUUCAAAUAUGCUGAAUCACAUCUUCCAAAUUUUCGAUACAAAUAAGGAUCAUGUGAUCGACAAAGAGGAAUUCCGCUUUUGUUGGCAGAAAUGGAUCAAACAGGUCGUCCGUCCUGUAACAGCCUUGCUAGUUGUGGAUGUACAAAAUGACUUCAUCUCCGGUUCCCUUUCCAUCAGCAAUUGCCCAGCCGGGCAACAUGGAGAAGAGGUCAUAUGCCCAAUCAACCGACUGUUGGACGAUGUGCGAUUCGACAUAGUGGUGUACACCCUUGACUGGCACCCUGAAAACCACGUCUCCUUCAUUGACAAUGUGCAUCUACGGCCUUUCCACACGAACUGUAAGCUGACACCAGACGAAACGAGUGUGUAUGACACGGUGGUCUUUGAUGUCAAUGACGAUGGAACACCUAUGGAGCAGAAGAUGUGGCCGAAACAUUGCGUUCAGAAUUCCUGGGGAGCUGAACUUCACGAAGAAUUGAAAAUGAUGGAAGAUGCAGUAUACAUCCACAAAGGAACAAAUCCGGACAUCGAUUCCUACAGUGCUUUCUGGGACAACAACAAAACAUCUCACACGAGUCUUCAUGAAGAGCUGCAGAAGAAGAACGUCACGGAUGUUUUCGUGUGUGGGAUCGCUACUGACGUCUGUGUUGCAUACACAGCCAAGCACGCCCUGGAAGAGGGCUACCGAACCAUGCUCAUUGAUGAUGCCUGCCGUGGAGUUUGUGACGAUGACAUCAAGGCCACUAUGGAACACACCGUCGCUUCGAAUGGAUUGGUUGUUCAGUCGACACAGGUGAAGAGCCUGGCUAGUGGCAGAGAUCGUCCCCCUGUCUUAGCCUACAGACUGGCGCUAGAACUUGCCAAGAAGAUGAAAAAGAAAUAAACUGAAAUUUAGAAGAGGAAAUGUUCCCAUAAAACUUGUUAAACCAUUGAAAAUUUAUGUAGUUGAAUGUUAACCCAAUUCCAUGAUAAUUUCCAUACGAACAUAUUACGUUCUUUUACAUUGAUUCAUGUGUACCUAAAAUUGUCAUUUAAUUUAUGGAACUGGACUGCGAUAUAGUGUGUUAUAUAUAUAUAUAUAUA